GAUUGAAAGGGACUGGAAUCAUCGAUUUUUUAUUUUAUCAAGAAACUGGCCGAAUUUUCCAAAUCAACAAUCCAUAUUCCACACUUAUCGUUCACAUUCACACCUCCAAGACUAAGGACAGUUGGAGACACAGACACGACAAGGACAGGAAUAGUUCCGGGACAAAUACACUCGGAGACAGGACAAAAUGGACUAUAGACGAGGAAGUGGUAGAUAUGACGAGGCACCUAAAGAGGACGAACCUAAAUAUUCAAGACUUUUCGUCAUUGGAGGGAAAUCUGCCUCCGAGGACGAGCUAAGGUCUCUGUUCUCCCAGUACGGAGAGAUUGAGUAUCUCAGUGUUAAGAAGGACCGGUCCACCAACACCAACAAGGGGUUCUCAUACGUCAAGUUCAAGAAGACCUCUGAUGCUGCGGAGGCAUUGGAUGAGUUGAAUGGAACAGUGAUCGGCUCUGAUUCCAGGCCGAUCAAGGUUGUGAUCGCUUCCAAUCGGGGAGAUGGAGCCUCCGGUCCUUCAGAGGAUAUCACGGCAACUAGGCUCUUUAUCAUGGUUCCAAAAACCAUGGAGAUAUCGGAGAUCACUGAGGCAUUUUCUGCCUUUGGACCUGUCGAGCAUGUGUCUCUGGUCCGUGACAAGGGAACCGGAGAGCCCAGAGGUCUGGCCUAUGUCAAUUAUCAUAAAUUCUCCCACGCAGCAAGAGCUUUUGAAAACUGUGACGCCAGUUUCAGAGCUAAGUUUGCUGAACCGAAGGGAACUGCUUCAGGAAGAGGAGGAAGGGGAGAAGGAAGGGGAGAAGGAAGGGGUGAGGGAAGAGGGGGAGGAGGAGGAGGACAUUGGGACGGUAUGAGUGGAGGUGGAGGUAUGGGAAGUGGUGGGAUGGGAGGGGGGUAUGAUUACAAUUCUGGUAUGGUUGCUGGAUACCAGAACACUAUGUCUGCUAUGAUGAACAUGAUGCAGUAUCCUAGCAUAACAUCAAACUCAUGCAGACUGAAAGUUCUUUUCCAUCCAUCGACUAGUAAGGACAUGUUCUGGAUGCUCUUCAAUAUUGUUCCUGGCCUAGUCAGCUGUGAUUUAGUUGAGAUCACUACUGAAGGUGCCAUAGGUUGUGUGACAUACUCUAACCCUCAGUCAGCAGCUUAUGCACUGGAAAGGAUUAACGGGUUUGAAUAUCCAACUGGAUCUAGGAUACAAAUCAAGAUUGAUGAGUCUACUGGAUCUAUGUCUGCUGGUAUGAGUAUGGGACCAGGAGCCAGUAUGUCGGAUAAGGUCGCAAAUGUUCCAUCAGACAUCAAAAGUCUGAUCAGCACUAUUCAGCAAGCAACAGAGACUCUGAAAUCCUCAGGGUUUGGAAAUUUAGUCGGAGCAGGAGGGGGUGGAGUCAUGGAGGGGGGAGCGGGGAUGGGAGGAGGAGGUGGUAUGGGUAUGGGAGGAGGAGGUGUGGGUAUGGGAGGGGCAAUGGGGUACUCUGGAGGAAGUGUGGAUGCUCAAAGCGUCUGCUCUGCUAAGCUUCCGCCCCGCCAGCCCUGUGUCCCCAGCAAUACUAGAUGCGACGAACGAUUAUUCUUUGUUCUUAAGGAAGCCCGAGAAAUCCCUGAUCCAGCAAUCAUCACUGAUCUUUUCUGCAGAUUCGGUGAUCUGAUCGACGCAGUCUGUAUUCGAGGGAAGAAGUGUGGAUAUGCUAGAUACGGAAGUAGGCUUAGUUCCAGUCAGGCAAUGGCUUGUCUUAACAACGAGGACGUCCUCGGUUCCAGGAUCAAGAUCGAGGUUGCGGACGAGGAGAGGAAACCCAAGAGAGCUCGGCUGGACUAGACCUCGGACUGACACUAAAAAGAUGGACUUUUGGACCCUGUAGGACUGAAAAUUAGUGUUUCGUAGAUUUGACGUAGAUUUCUUUCAUAUUUGUAAAAUUUGAUUUAAAUUGAACAAAUUAAUUGUAAAUUGAAUACAUUUGUCGAACUUCCUUCUAAAA